GAAGUUCUUUUAAAGAAAUGUUAGUGUGAACGCAUUAAAUUCACAGUUUUGGUGAGAAACGUUUUGUGUGUGACACGUAAGCGUUGUACUAAAUAAAAGCUUCUCGUGAAACCACGACACCACGUCACAUUCCUUGCCAAUUAACUUUUAAGGUAAGUUUUAAAAGUGCUUCUCCUUUAAUAUAUAAGGGAUUUAAAUCGGUAUGAUUGCGCCAAGUUGUAUGUGCCACGCUAUACUAAACAAAUCAUUUUAUUUUUUACAUAAUAAGUCCGCUUCCCAGCUCACGUUUCGGGUUGAUCUUGUUCCCAACAAGUCAGCAACACCAUUUGAACUUUCCUAAACAUGAAACAACAUAAAAUAAAGAAAUCCGAGGAGUGAAUCUAGAAGACUCGAGAUUUUUUUGUAAAAAAUUAGCAAGGAUACGUAUUAAAACUACAAUUUUUUCAAGCCGAAACUGAAACCCAAAGCUAAAUAAAAGAGCCAAGCAAGGAUAUGUAUACAAAAGAAACUAGAAUCUUCAUUAUAAAAAAAACUAAAAUUACAAAAGAAAAUAUAAAGAGCUAGAAGAUAACAGAAACUCCUCUAUUCUUUCGUAAAACUCCGUUAAUUCGUUUUUACGACAGAAACUUCUUCUCUUUUGUCAGAAAGAUCUUCUGUUUUUUCAUUACAACAAAAAGUCAGCAAUCUCAAAGAGUCAAAGAGUCUCCAGCCUACUUUUUAUAACCAAUAUGUUCCGUUGAAAACAGUACGUUAAAAAAACAAAAACAACGGUCGAGUUCUUAUCAUGUCUAAAAACCAUCAGCUUCUCCCUAAUCUCACGCUCCUUCCCUCCUUCCUUUUUAUCCUCCUUCUCAAUCUCUUCUCAACUGAUCGAAUAAUCAUUUCACGAGAGAGACGAGUGAAACACACAAGAAGGUUAACCCCUUUUUUUUUAAACUUUCUUGACUCCCACGCUUCUCGCGAAAGAUUAAACGAAUCCAUUUAGGUUUUUUUUAGAACACAAUAAUAAAAUAAAAUAAACAUGGUUCGGCUCAAAUUCGCAUGUCCCGUCCUCGAAAUCAACUUAAUCUCAGCACAAGACCUAGCCCCUAUCUCAAAAAACAUGAAAACAUACUCCGUCGCGUGGAUCAACACCGACCCCAUGCGCAAACUCACGACGCGUGUCGACCAAGCAAACCGAUCCAACCCUAUCUGGAACGAGAAGUUCGUCUUCCGCGUCGACGACAAGAUCCUCGACGUCGACGCGUCGUCGAUAGUCAUCGAGAUCUACGCGGCGGCUUGGGCCAAAGACGCGCUCGUCGGGACCGUGAACGUUCUCCUCAGCGACCUCUUCGCUCCUUGGUCCGGCUUCGGCGACGGAGACGACGGCGGCGGCGGGAACAACAACAUGAGGCUCGUGACGCUUCAGAUACGCCGCCCUUCCGGGAGGCUACAAGGCUUUUUGCGCUUAGGCGUCGCGCUUCUCGACGGCGGUCAGAGGAGCAUGCCGUUGUCGGUCGAGGUGUUCGAUGGAAGCCGGAGAGAUAGUAAGAGAGGUGAUGCGAAGAUGAUGCAUCGUCGUACGAAUAGCGAUCAGACGGACUUAACUACGUCGACUAAUGACUACGGAGUGAAGACAGGGGUUGUUACUGGAGGAGGAGGUAGUGGUGGAGGAGGAGGUGGUGGGGUUGAUAGUAUGGUGAAUGGUUCGCUUUGUAGCUCUGAUAUAGGACCGUCCGCGUCUGUGGUUGCGGCUGCGAUUGCUCAAGGGCUUUACAACAGACAGAAAACAACGGUUAAAGCGGUUGCGGGGAAGGAGGACGCGAGUUCGAUACUCGAAGGGAAGACGGAAGGGAUUGAGCAUAGAGUUGAGAGGUGGAGAGCGGAGAAAAGCGCGGGUAGAGCGGUUGAAGCGGCGGGAUCAAGCGAUGACUCUAGCGGGAAAGGAGGAGGAGGGAGGAGGCAGAGGAGGAGGAGGAGGCGGAGGAAGGAGAAGCAGCGGAGGAGAAACGGCGAAGGUAAAAAAGGGUUGUUCUCGUGUUUUGGAAACGUGUUUGGAUGUGAGAUUUCGAUUACUUGCGGCGGAGAAGGAGACAGCACGAAGAAGAAGUAUAAUAACAAUAAAGUAGUGAAUCUUAGUGCUGUAGACGAAACGUUUAGUCAUUCUGCGACUUGA